AUGGCAUCGAGUUCCUCCACCAUGUUCGCUCGCGUAGCCCUGCGCAGCAGCUCGAGUCGAGCUCCCAGCCUGCAGUCAUGCCGCCAAUUUCGACGACAUCUGACACAGCAAGCAUCGCCGCUGCAAGAGACCAAUGCAGUGCGUGAGAUCCACAAGCUCAUGGCCGAAGUCAGAGGAGCACACCCACAGAAGCUCAAACUCAGCAUGCCAACACGCCUGGCGCCACGGAGGAGCUGGAUGAAGGAGAUGCAGUCGCAGCAUCACAACGAGCCAACAACGCAGUCUACCUCUUCGGAAUUACCACCGUCGAUGCUCGAGCCCAAACGCAUGCAAGACAGCUACGUCGAGCUCUACCUUCCCUUCACGGAGGAUCCGGAGCUGCUUGAGAAGUAUAUUGCGACAUCAGGCCUCAUCCGUCUCGGCAAGGUGCUCGAGGAUCUCGACAGUCUCGCUGGCGGCAUUUCCUACAGACACGCUCUCGGCGGGCGUCCGAUUGAAGGCGGCUCGGCUCCGAUCUACAUUGUCACCGCCUCGGUUGACCGUCUGGAUCUGCUCGCACCGCUGACUGCCGAUGCCAACUAUCGACUCAGCGGCCACGUCAUCUACGUCGGCGCAAGUAGUAUGGAAGUCUUUGUCAGCAUCGAACAGCUCACCGAGCCCACGCGUCCCAACAAGAUCUGCCUUACAGGUCGAUUCACCAUGGCCGCACGUAACGCUCACACGCUCAAGAGUCAACGGAUAGCGCCGCUCAUACUCGAGACCGACGCAGAAAGAGCACUCUUUGCCAUGGGUGAGAGUCACAAGAAUCGCAAGCGCACCGAAGCCGCCUCGUCGCUCGAAAAGGUACCGCCCAGCAAGGAGGAAGCUUUCUUGCUGCACAGCCAAUACAUUCGUGGUCUUCAUGCCGGCAUGUUUGCUACCGACGAGCUGCAUGGGCCUGCGAUGAAGCUCGAACCUGCCGAGCAUCCCGAUGGCCCCACACUCGUGCCUGUCCGCAAGACAAGCUUGAGCACCACCAUGCACAUGCACCCGCAGCAACGCAACGUGCAUCAGAAGAUCUUCGGUGGUUUCCUCAUGCGAUCAGCGUACGAACUUGCGUGGAUGGCCUCGGCGUCCUUCGUCAACCGCCACGUGCAGUUCUUGUCGCUCGAUGCACUCUCCUUCCACGCACCCGUACCGAUCGGUGCCAUGCUCCAGCUCUCCUCGCAAAUUGCAUACACGUCGGAGCCUGCGCAGCACCCGCAAGGCCACACCAUCGCCAGCGUCACCGUCCUAGCGGAGGUGGUCGACCUCGAAACGGGCGAGCGCAAGAAGAGCAACACUUUUCAUUUCAGCUUCGAUCUGGGCCAGACAGACCGCCAGCUCCUACCCCAGACCUACAAGGAAGCUAUGGAGUUCAUCGAGGGCAAGCGCCGUGUCGAGAUUGGUGCCGAGAUGCGCCGCCUCUACCAGGGCGAGCAAGAGUAG